AUGUCCACUCUGGCCGCCUCGCUCCAACCCUCCUCACCAACAGCAACUCCACAGCCGCAGCAGCGCAGGUCGGCCAAAAAGGGGGGCUACACGCGACAGCGCCGCGGCUGCUUGACCUGUCGGCAGCGCAAGAAGAAGUGCGACCAGGGCCUGCCCAUAUGCGGCCACUGCUCGCGGCUGAACCUGGUCUGCAAGCACGAGAAGCCGCGGCAGCUGUCGUCGAGUGCCGGUGCCUGGGGCGAGGAUGCCCCUUACUGGGGCAGAUCGUCGCAGCAGCACCUCGUCAUUGCACAGGGAGAUCAUGGCUCUGAGUUGUUGCGGCUGACAAAGAUUGCUGAGCCUCUGGACGUGGUUCGUCCUGACGAUGGUGUUGGCUGUGAUUGGAGCUCCAGUAGGAGGACCAUGAUGCGGUAUUACACGUCUACUUUGGCUAUUAUGCUGUCAGCAACCGCAGAGAACAACUGUUUCUUAUCAGUCUUGUUGCCAAUGGCAUUCGACUGCCCUGCCCUCCUUGACGCAAUGGCCGCAUGGUCAUCGGCCCAUCUCGCCCUUCGGGACCCCAGCUUCCACGGCACGUCCCUUCAGUACCGCGGGCGGGUGCUUGCGAACCUCAGUGCCGCCCUUCAAGAGGGCAGCCUCUCCGGGGAAAUGUGCCUGGCCGUAGCCAUGGCCAUGUGCUCGAUGGAGACCAUCUCGGAUGCAACCAGCAGCAGCUGGUCACACCACCUGUCCGGCGCCGCAGCCGUCUUGCAGUCCAAGAGUUCUGAUCUGAUCGCUGGCCCGCUGCAAACGUCGCCGUCUUCUUCUGUUGUGAGCGACUACUGGCUCAGGUCUGUUGAGCGGAAGUGGCUGGUGAGGAACUUUGCGUAUCACGACAUCUUGAUGAGCGUGUCGCUGGACAGGAGGCCUUUGAUCACGGGUGAUUACUGGAUGUCUGGAGAUGAUACCAUGGCUGAUCCAUACUUUGCCUUUGCGUCCAAGAUCAUGCUCUUGAUAUCUGAAAUCAGCGUCUUGAACGCAGACUGCGCGGACUACAAGGCCUCCCUCAGCGGCGACCUGACCCUGGAACAAGGCGAUCUCGCGCUCAUUCUUGAAGAAUCGCCCUUGGACUGCAACUGCCACACGCCGCUUCAAAGGGCUCACAGCAUCGCCAUCAGCCUCCGAGAAUGGAAAUGCCCGGCGUAUACCGCCGACGAGCCGCUCGCCUUGCUUAGCGAAACAUAUCGGAGCGCAAGCCUCAUAUACCUCGACCGCGUCGUACGCCAGUAUUUCCCGCAGCGCGCGGCCGAGAUUCUUCCGGAGGGCAUAUGGGCGUACAUCGACUCGGUGUGCGAUGGCGCGGAAAAGGUGCCCGAGGGGUCUCUGGCGGAGUGCUCGUUGCUUUUCCCUCUUUUCAUUGCGGGGGGCGAGGCGGGAGAUGCGUCGCAUAUCGAGCGUAUCAGAAAUCGACUCUACAGUAUGAACAGGUGGAGGAGGUUUCGGAAUGUUAAUGCUUGUAGGGAGGUUUUGGAAGAGGUUUGGGAGAAAAGGGGUGGAUCGAAUGGCUUGGAGAGGGUGGAUUGGAGGGAUAUUGUUCGACGACGGGGGUGGCAGCUCGCGCUGUCAUAG